UUUGACAGUUACUUUACGUAAACAACCGGCUAACAACGCGUGCUGUUACUUGUUUCCUUGCAGUUUUUGUUUUCCAUUGCGUGUAUUUCUCCAAAUUGUUUGGGGUAAACUAGAAUCAAAAUGAGUGUCCGUCUCCUAAAUGUGUCUUGCAAAUGGCAGCGGCUUGGUUGCUUCGCCCAACGUGUCUACUAUCAACCGAAUGCACCAACAUGUGGUUAUGCAAUAGGAGCAACAAGGAAGUCGCUGCAUCAAACAGUAGCGAGCGGCUGGAAUGUGCCUUUAAAUAAAUGGAAUAUCCACCAAAAGUAUGGCCAUAGUGGCUAUGCUUCCGUAAGUAAAGCAGCUCCAGUUGCAAAAGCGCCCGCCAUGGUGACGCUUUUGGAAAAGUUAGUAGCGCAACAUCAAACCUCUGGAGAACUCAACUUUGAGUUAUGCGAUAAAGUAAUCACACAAUUGGAACGUAAUCCGCAUGUUUACAACCAACUACUAAGCAGCGAACAGGCGCAUUUUCUGCUACACGCUUGCGGUACUCUGCUGCCGAUGCGACCAAGCAACACGCGUUUGGAACUAUUCCACCGUCUUUGGUCCUAUUUGGCACAAAAUUCAAAGUUGACUGCGUCAGACUAUGUCACUUGGCUGCAAGUUCUACAACACAAUCGUGCGUCACUUGCUGAUUUUCGUUCAUUUCUGCAAGAGUUUAAUAACCUAAACAGCAAAAUCGAAUUUGCGCUGCCAGAAAUCUAUGCUGAACUACUGGGCACAGCUUGUGGAACCGGAGACAUGCAACAGGCGACCGAGUUGUUGGCUGAAAUGCGCGAUCAUGAAUUUCCCCUAACAGAGCGUCAUUUCAACUCACUACUGUUAGGACACGCGCGCAAUCACGACCUGGCUGGUUGUCGCGCUGUGCUUGACAACAUGCUCGCUGCGGGUAUUACGCCUAGUGCAGAAACGCAGUCUUUGCUAGUGUCUGCGUAUUUGGAAAAUGACGCGCACGCAAAAGCAGUGGAAGUGUUGAACAAAUUUCAUGGUAAAUUUCAGGCAGCUCAAGUCGUGCGUAUGCUGCGCAGUCUCCUGUAUAUUGAAAGACAGCAAGAUGAAGAAAUGAUAAAGCAAUUAGUACAGGAAUUGCCGAGGGACUUCGCGGAAGGUACAGAAGUGGCAUUGCCACUGCGACACUUAUGCAUCGAACUGCUGCACAACGGCAAACUGCCUUCGGUGAACAUCAUCAUCUCUAGCUUGCCUACACCGCGAUUCUACGAAAACCAAAACAUUGAUACCUUCGGGGUCUUUUUGCUACAAGAACUAUUCCGCAAAAAGUUUAAUGCUUCGCAGAUAAUCGAAGUUGCCAAAAUGCUCCAAGGCAGCGGCAAGAACAGUCGCGCGUUGCACAUAUCCACAGAGAUAGCACUACGACGCGACACUGAAAUGGCGUUACCCUUUCUAGAAGCGCUAUCUCAGCUAGAGCCAUUGCGUCCCCACUAUUUUUGGCCACUCCUUUUGCAUAAUCAUCGGCAGUCAGGUGAGGCUGGUGUGCUGAGUGUUUUGAAGCAAAUGAAAUCUUUAAAUGUGGCUUGUGAUCGCGAAACUAUCGCUCUUUACACAUUACCCCUUUUACCAUUGACCCUCAAACAACCCGAACAGACAAUGAAAUCACUAGAUGAAGUAGGCAUCAAGCCCUCUUUAGCGUUGAUUGAAAUAAUAAUGUAUUUACUAAUCCGUCAAAGGCUUGACGCGGCGUAUGAUUUACUGGAACUAUAUCCCACCAAAAUGGCAGUUGAACAGCUAGUUCCCACACUGGCGAAUGCCGCUGUAAACGUACGCGCCACAAAGCGUUAUCAACAGUACGUCAAGCUGCUUGCAGCUUUAUCGAAGAAGAACGAGAAUCGCAAAGUUGACUGGAUCGGACAACUAUUGUUGAGCAUGGUGCAAGGGCAAAUGCGCCUGCGCAGCGAUCUGAGAUCAGUAAAACGCUUCGUUGAUGAAAUGGUCAAAUUUGGUUUGGUGAUAUCACCCGCUGCAGCGAAUGCCACAGUGACAGCGCUAGAAGAACAAAUAAAGUCAGAGGUGAACUUAACUUCCAUCAAGGAGGAGUUGCACAAAAUUACUGAUUACAAUGUAGUGCUACCGCAAAAUGUUGCAGCUGGUGAUACAAGUGGCGCCACUCCCUCGUUUGUAAAGCAUCCGCGCGACAUGACGCUAGAAGAGCUGGAAUAUCAUCUAGUUGAAUUGGAAGGGAAAGGAAUGAAUGCCCGAGGCGUGCUGCGAAGACUUUUGCAGUUAUACGUUCGUGACGGCCAGUUAGAGCGCGCAUUAGAAAUUAAAGAUAAAUGUGACAAGCUGCAGGUGCAAGUGAGCGCCGGUAUGUUGGCCAGUACGCUGGAUCUUUACAUUAAACUGAAAGAUCUGCCCAACGCUGAGAAGAGCCUGAAGCGACUGCAGCAAGAGUUUCCAGAUUUUUCCUUAGACGAACAUAAGUUCGUUGAUUUUGCAACCCUGUUAGUACACAACAAGCAGUUAGAUGAGGCAAAGGAAAUGCUACAAACACGCGCCACAAAGCAGCGAAUCUAUGGUGGCGAUUAUGUAAUUAAAAAUGUAUGGAAUUUUCUCUCUACUGUGGCACAGUUCGCCGCGGAAAUGCCCAAUCUAGAGCCGGAACGCAAUUUGACACGAGAACACUUUCACUUCCUACAAAAGUUGCGCUACUGCAAUGCACACAACAGCGUUUUGGGUCCGAUUGUGCGUGAGCGUUUACUACGCGGGGACAUCACCGCCGCCGUGGCAGAUUUUCAAAAACUCGCCGAGCAGUACAAACAUACACCACUCCAAUUCGAGCUGCUGUCAUUGCUGGUGCGGCUGAGUAACGGUAUUGAACCAGAAGUUACGCAAUAUAACGGCGUGAAUGGCGAAGAAGCCCAACAGCUCUUGAACGAAGUGACGAAUACCAUUUCCAAAGUUCAUGGCGUUUUGAAUAUGAACAGCGGAUUAUUGCUGGCAUUCGCCGAAUCCGGUACAGACAAUCAGCUACGUCGCUUGCUCAUCAGUCCGGAAUUUCGCAUCAAUGAACAUUUGCUGCUGAAAAAUUGUGAGUAUUUGGGCGAAGAAGGCGCUGUGGCCACCUUACUACGCUUGGCGCGUGGGGCACGCGGUUUCGGACGUACUAUUGAGGAACAAAACAUCUACAACAUGCUGCUGACACACUUCUCCAAAGCGAAUAAUUAUCCAGCCGCAUUGGAUCUGUAUGAGCGUCUGGAGGCAGAUGACGAUUUGAAAAUAUCACAAGAGUUCUUGCGAAAUUUAGUUCAUUUGCUGCGUAUUAAUAAUGUCGAAAUACCUAGCAAAGUGGCGUUGCGCGCGCAGAUUAUAUAGUGAACAGCGUACGACAGUUUAGUUAUGUAAAGUAAAUUAAUAAACACAUAAAUAAAUUUGCGGUUUAGUUGUAGGCCACGAGUUAAAACUCUACGCUAAGCUGAGAAACAUGAAGGCAUUUUGAAGAAGUAAAUAAAAGGCAAACGAAUUGUUAUUUGUAUUACUUAAAUUAAUUUUAUUUCCUAGCAAUUAAAUGCUAAAAUAUACAACAGCGCAAAUA